CAAUAUAUGAUAUAAAUAUUGUGAUACUGAUAGUGUUGGUUAUUCCUUUGAAUUAUUAUUUUCGCCAUUAUCAUUUAUAAAUCUUCCCUUUGUUGUGCUGAUGUAGUUUGCAGCGCCAUCCAGUGAAAUAUACUAUAAUUUUUUGUAUGAUCUUGUUAUUACAGAGAGGGAAUACACCUCUUGAUUAUUAUGAUCGUAAUAGAUGUAGAAAAUACAAAGUAUCAACAAAGGAGGAAAAGAAAGAUGAACUUAAAAAAUUGCUUAUAGAGCUAUCAGUUCCAGGAGAAGUAUUAGCGAGAGGUCCUGAAGCCAUUAAAGCAUUCACAUAUGAAGUCCAGAAUGGGGAAAUUACGAUGGUUAAUUACAGAGUCAUGUUCCUUGGCAAAGAAGGUGUGGGCAAGACGAGUUGUGUCCGUUCCAUGCUUGGCAAAGAAUUUAAGAAGAAAGUACCAUCAACAGAUGGUAUUGUAACAACAACAGUAUUUCAAACUGUUAAUGGAGAUUGCAACAAAUGGAAGGAACAGAAGGAUGUGGAUGGUAUGAAUAUUAUACGAAUGGUAUUAAAAUAUAAAUAUAAAUAAUUUAAUUUACAUAUUAACUGUCUAAAUAUUAUAUAUUGUUAUUUUUAUGAAUUAUUUUGAUGACAUGUUUUUGCAAAUAUAACGAACAGAAGGAUGUGGAUGGUAAUAUUAUACUUUUUAAAAUACCAUAUAAUUUAAUUGACAAAUUUACUGUCUGAAUAUUAUAAUUUGUUAUUUUUAUAAAUUAUUUAAUGACAUGUUUCUCAAACUUUUUAAUAUUGUACAGUGUGUGAACUAACCAAGCAGAUACGUGAGCACGCCAUCGCAGAAAAUCUCGCCAAAAAGCUAAAACAGCCUAAAAGCCAUCAAAACUCAUCUAAUUCUAAUUCUGCAUCAUCCAGUCUUACCGCCUCUUCAACAGUACUUUUAUAUUUUUUUUAAUUGCAAAAAUUACUUUAAAUAUUUUUAUUGAUUGAUGUUCUUUUAAAUUAUGAUUAUGUAUUUUUUUACUUAGCAGUCAGCCUAAUUAAGAAAGUCAUUGUCUCAACCACACUGGUUUGAAUUGCUGUGUACAUUUUGAACUGACCUUAGUGAUUCUUAAAUGUUUAAUUACAGAUGCCAUCAGAAGCAGCAAGAAGUAUGACAAGCUAUGCCUGUAAACUCCUAGAAGGAGGAAUUCAUAAGAAACUUGUUGCUAAACUUACUAAAACUACUGUCCGUCCGACUAACAUAUUUCAACAAAUGAGAUCAUUUUUAACAGCCAGGAAGGAUAUUGACAAGAGUUUCAUACCAAAUGAUGUCACAUGUAUUUGGGACUAUGCUGGUCAGCUGACGUAUUAUAUAUCUCACAGGUUUUUUCUGACAGGUGGAUCAUCAUACUGUGUGGUUUUCAGUGUGUUAGAUGAUUUGGACACUUUGGCAAACCCAAGAAAUUCCCUGAAGGGACAAUUAGAAAUGACAAAUCUUCAGAUGAAUGUAUUUUGGAUGCGGUCAAUAUACGAACAUGCUGUACUACCCUAUCAUGGAAGGACAGAGAAGUUAAUCAAUGGCAUAUCCUCACCCACGAUCAGUUUAGUUGCCACACAUAAAGACAAACUACUUGGGACUGAGUCAGAAAAGAACAAGCUGAUCACAACCAAGUUCAAAAGAAUAUUUGAUGAAGUCGAAGGAACACCAUACCGAAAUCAUGUGGAUCGUGAGAUGUAUGUUGUAGAUAACACUGUGCGUAUGGAUGAAGGGAUUGAGAAAUUGAAGAAGAAUGUCGCAAAAUACAUGAAGGCAACGGCUAAACCUAUUCCCACUAGCUGGGUUGAUUUCCAGUCCAAAGUACAAGACGUUGGAAAAACAAGACUCCAUGUUUCCUUAGAUGAGAUCGCGGAAAUUGCAUCUGAAUGUGGAAUUUCUGAACCAACGCUCAACACUGUCCUCGAUUAUCUAAAUGACACUGGAAUAAUUCUGUACUCUAAGACUAAUGAGAAGUUAAAGUACACGGUUAUUACGAACUUGUGCAUGAUGAUCGACGUCGUGACGAAAAUCAUCACAGUAGUGAAACCAGAUGAUAUUGAGAAGCUGCCUAUACUGAAGCAGUGGGAAAAGCUCGACCGUGAGGGAAUUCUACAAGAACAGUUGCUACAUCAUUUGUGGCGACAUGAGAUAGCGAAAGAUGCCAGCAACUUAGAGGUAUUUUUAGAAAUUAUGAAGAUGUUUGGGUUACUGUUUGAGCAAGAAAAGGGAUCUCAACCUGGUAACAGAAUCUUCAUUGUUCCUACUCGGAUGCAAAUCAAUAAAGAAGGCUUGAAAGUUAGGGGAGACGAGCAGCAAACUGCAUCGUUUUAUGUGACUCCCACGGACUUCCUACCGGAUGCUGUCUACAAUGUGUUGGUCGUUUCGUUUUUAGACUUGAUGAAUGACAAAGGUAGGAAUGGUGAUCAUGUGGAAUUGUUUCGGAAUCGGAGUGACUUUUACUUAGAUGAUGAGCAUGUCGUGAGUCUAGGAGCUGUCAGAAUCAAGAACAGACAUGCAUUAAAAAUUGAAAUAUCACGUAGGAUGAAAGUUUAUGAACAUGGCAAAGAAGAACUUCUCGAACCACAUCCUAGCAUCUGCAUGGAGGUAUUAAGUUACAUCCGUCAGCAAUUGAAAACUGUGUAUGUUACUACAGAAGGAGUCGGCUAUGAGUUACACGUCCUUUGUAAUGCCUGUGACGCUACGCUGCAACCGCUGCAUAAACUUGAGGAAUGUUUGAUGAAAGAAAGUGUGCCAUGUGGAAAAACAAAGUCAGUUGUAACUACUCGUUUUAAACGACUCUUUUCAACAGCUAAGAUGGGUCAUGCUGCUUCUUCCCCUGAGCAUGUUGUAAUUCAAGGAAUGACAGAUGCGCAAUUCAGUGCACUUAAAAUGGAUGUCGCAGUGUGGUAUGAUAACCAAAAAUGUCUUACUAUGUUGAAAGUGUUGUUCAGAGAUCAUGUGGUCAAUGAGAGACUAUCAAAAAUAGAUAAGACAGUGGACUUGCUGAAUGAUUUAGUUAAACAUGGUCAUUUGAAUUCCAAGAAUCUUACAAUUCUGCAUGAUACCAUCAGCACAACUGAACAUUUUGGUCUUCAACAUAAGAUUAAAGUAUUACUACCGUCAUUCGCGGAUGUUAAGGAAGGAAACAUUUCCAAACAAUUCAGUCAUCACAGACAAAAACUAAUGAAGUUUGGAAUGAACCUGACUCCAGACAAUGUAACAAAAAUUGAUGGAUUGCUGAACAUGCCCUGUAAGGAGUAUACCGAUGGCUGGAGUAUGAUCACUGAUCUAGAAGACAGACAGAUAAUCAGCGAAAAGAAUAUGAAAGAAUUCACUGAUUCAUUAAGAAGCCUUGAAAUCCAUCCAGCAUUGAAUGCACUACAAGAUGGUAUUGAAACAAGCAAGAUUAAGGAGUAACUUGACCCGACAUGGGAUUGCACAACAGAGCUUCAAUCACAUAACCACAACAUCCUAGAUGUUUCCAUGAAUAUGUUGACAGCAUAGCAGAAAUAAAAAUUACAGUACUUGACUGAAAUUGCUGUAAUGUCUGAAAAGGUGGAAAAGGUCCAGUGGCAUUGCAAAGUCCAGAUAGACUGCCUAACUUUGUGCACGUCCACGACUACAGGAACACAAAGCUGGUGCAUUCCUUCGACAAUAGAAUGUAAACUAAAGAAUUUUAAAUAGAAUGGAAGAAAAUGAGAUCGAUGUUGCAUGCUGCUGGUGCUUCUUUAACUGGACUUUAAUAAAUAUAAGGCACUCUGAUUUAUCAAUUAAGUACAUAGUUCUACAGUACUUAUGAAUUUAAAUUUCUGCUGUAAAAUAUGAAUGCAUGUAUGUGUCGUUAUAUAUUUCUGUUCACGCAUUAUGAGAUGUAAACAUUUUUAGCAGCUUAGUUUACAGCUGGUUUAAGAGCGCUACAGUUUGGGUACCAGGAAUAGCCUGCGAUAAGUCUUAAUUAUCAAUCACAAAUUUACUAAUUAGUGUUUGGAUGCCAACUGUAAAAUGUAGCUUGCAGUGUCAUAAUUCAAACAAUUUGGACAGUAUUAUAUUUAUCAUAUAUACAGUACUUAGCAUUGUUUAAAUAUUACUUAAAAUUUAUGUGUUUAUUAUAUUAUUAACUUUGUGUUUUAAUAUGUACUGUUGUAUCAGACUCACUUAUGCUAAAGCUCCUUAAUUUUAUUAAUAAUAAUAAUAAUAAUAAUAAUGAUAAUAUUAAUUUAUAUAGUGCAUUUUCAGAGUGCUGUUCAAUGCGCUUUAUAUAAAAAUUGAUAAAAUACAAUAUAAAACAGGCAGCAUUAUACUAUCAAAUUACAAAAAUAUUAUAUAGAAAAAUUACAAAAAUAUACUU